AACAAUCCCAUCCCAUGGCGAUAAAUCCAAUUCUUGCUCCGCCAUGUGUGCUUCCACUGGCUUCGAUUCCUUUGGCUCUCUCCGUCGUCACCCCACAAAGCCCCCACAGAACCCAAGAAAGACGAGUCCCCAUGAACGGCGAGCCCGAGCCGCAAGAUUUGGCUCCGCCCUCAGCCGCCGGCGGCCUGGAGGCCAGGGCGGAGGUCGACACCUCGGCGCCCUUCAAGUCGGUGCGGGAGGCCGUCGACCACUUCGGUGGCAGCGCCGCCUGGAGCUCCCACCUCAUCAGGCGUAUGUUCGCGACCCCAAAGGAGAUUGAAGAACUGAACAAUCUUGAGGAGCAGACCGCCCAGCUAGAGAAGGAGCUCACCAUCAAAGAAAGGGAGACGCUUGAUGUGCUGAAAGAGUUGGAGUCCACCAAGAAGGUGAUUGCAGAUUUGAAGCUCAAGGUACAGAACGAAGAAGCUUGUACAUUUUCCAUCACCAAGGGAGGACCUGCAGAAAAGCAGUCUGAAAAUGUACUCGAACCUGAAGUGCGUAUGGCUGACCAAGAUGCACAGGCGCAGCAGGCUCCUUGUUCCUCAGUGUUAAAGGAGCUUGAGCAGGCCAAAGCUAACUUAAACAGGACCACGAGUGAUUUAGCAGCUAUAAGGGCCUCCAUCGAGUCACUACAGAAUGACAUCGCAAAAGAGAGAGUCUUGAUGCAGCGAAGCCAAGAGAAGGUGUGUGCCAAUACCACAUUGAUUUCAUCACUUGAGGAUGAACUGGACCAGACCACACAGAAGCUGCAGACAUUGAGGGAUCUGCAGAGGAGGCGUAAAGAUCCGUCAGACAUCUUCAUCGAGAUCAAGAAGAUGACGUCUGAGCUAGAGAAGCUCAGGAACACGGCAAACGCGUUGAAAUCUGAAGCUGUUAUGUUGGCUGCUGAAAUUGAGCAGAUAAGAGCUAGCAUUGGCACUGCUGAGGUGAGGUGUCUUGCAGCCAAAAAGAUAGAAGAGGCGGCGAGAGCAGCAGAAGCUCUUGCACUUGCUGCGAUCAAGAUCCUACUAAGCAAUGAAGCUUCAUCAUCGGCUGAGGGUCUCCAGGGCGCAGAUGGAGUGGACAUUUCAUUGGAAGAGUACUCUGAGCUUGCUGCCAAAGCUCAAGAGGCUGAGGAAUUGUCAAGAAAGAAAAUUGAAGCUGCAACAGUGCAGGUCGAUGAAGCCAACCAGUCAGAAUCCAUCUCGCUUAAAAAGUUGGAAGAAGCUCAAUUACAAGUUGAUGAAUGUAAGAAGGCACUGCAAGAGGCGCACAAGAGGGUGGAUGCUGCCAACCGGGGCAAGAUCGCCGUAGAAGAGGCACUUCAUAAAUGUCGAUCUGCAACUGGACACAAGAGGCGUUCAUUCCAUGACCAUCCCAAGUUCAAGCAAGCAGCACCGCGUUGCAAAGUUUCUCAUAGUUUGGAUAUCAUGGACGUUUCAAAGGGUUCCUUGAAGCCAACAUUGUCGAUCGGUCAGAUAUUGAGUAUGAAGCUAAUGGGGCCUGAUGGGUAUGACAAAAGUGUUUGGGACAAUACACGUGAAACUUCUAAUGUGUCACUUGGGCAGAUUCUGAACCGAAGCCGUGCCGUUGUGUAUAGCAGUGAUGCGGCUUCUCACAAGAAAUUCUCAGGAAAAAGGAAGAAGUUUGCGUUUACUGGACUCUCAGUUUUCUUGGCAAGGCAAGCCAAGAGCAAGAAGAAAAAGGAAUCACAUUAGAACUGCUAAUGUCAACUUGUCCAGAAAAAGAUAUCCUUUGUAGUCUACCUAGCUAGUUGUUAACUUGGACCCGCGUUCAUGUUCUUGUAAUCUAGUACUGUUUGUAGUCUGCGUAGCUAGUAUUUAACUUAGACCCUCUAUUUGUAGAUGCCUUAAUCAUUGAUUUCUCGGUGCCUCCGUGUAAUCUGUACUUCCGUAGCAGGCUAGCAGCUAACUAUUGAUGUUGCUGAUUAGCAGUUAUCAUGUAGUACUAUGUGAACAUGAAAUGUAUCAAUAUCACUAGUAGUUGAUAUCAAGUGUACC